GACGAAAAUGCUAAGCUUUAUUUAAGAAUAGCCAAGUAGGCCCUACUGAGUCAACACACGCUCUAAGCUCCACAGACUAUUUGUACUUAGGAGGAAAUGGAGGAUGCCUCUUUCUCCCGUUUUCCAGGCUUCCAGCCUAACCCGUCUCUUUCCACGACCGAAGAAUUUUCUCGUCUAGCACAUCAUAUGAAUUGGAGUACUGGUUCUAAGAGAUACAGAAAAGAACUGGCCAAAUUCGCAAGCACAGAGUUUGCGCAUUAUUAUGAGAUCGGCAAUAAGCUCCAAAACUACCAAGCUCUCUGUCAGGAACUGCGGCUCGAGGGGCCUUUUGCUAGCGUCACACAGUGCCGAAAGGCUCUUGCUACAGUGCAUAUCAAUAUCUUUGACCUAAUUGACUGUCGUCGCACAGGAGCGACCGUUCAAAGAUUUCCUAACCAAGCCGCGCUCAAGAAGUACACCAGAGAAACCCAAAAGAUAUUCCCUAAGCAAGCGGCCAAAGCGGACGGCUUUCUUAAAGAACUACUACGCAAAAUCUUCUGA